AUGCCACGCCCAGCCCUCCCCAAACCGGGCUUUUCUCUCCUUCGCCUCCACAACACCCAAAACCCUCAUCACAUCGCAACACUGUCAUCUGCAGCAAAGACAAGUCUCAUUGACUCGAUUGCAGAGGAUAUUGAAGGAUGUGUCUAUGUUAUAGGCCAUUAUUGUCAAACCGGUGUGCUUGAUACCAACAACACAGUACAAUUUGACCAGGUCAUACGCAAGAUCAAGCAUGGAGAGAGGCGUGCGCUACGAAAGACGCUUCAAAGAAUGAGAUCACUCAAGAAGCAGGCCAAGAAAGCGAAGAAAGGGCUCAGGAUGAUGAAAAGUUUGAUGAAGAAGGAUGCGCUACGCAAGGAUCAAGAACAAGCACAAACAGGUAGUCAGAUGAAGUUGGCUUUAGCCCCUACUGUUACUCAAGGAUCUGAGUUGCUGGCCUUUCCUUCCUUCAAUAGUGAUGUGGGAAAUGCGAACAAUUCUUCGGAUAGUCAACCAACUGCCCCGACUACCACCACAUCCGCCGAAGUUCCUGCGGCUCACUGUGGCGAAGAGGCUGUGAUUACUGUAAAGGAAAUAUUGUGGAACGAGACAUCGAAGCAGCGUGGAAACGAGGUAGAUGAUGCCAAACAUGUGCAGAAUGUACAGACCAUGGAGAACAAUGAUAUGGAUUGA